GGGUUUGGGGACCAGAGUUUGCCAGCCAUCGUAGGGUCCUGGCUUGCGAUCCUCGCUCCCCUGGCAUCCACACUCUCGUUUGCACCUCCUCCUCCACGGGGACCACUUGCUGGGAGAUGGCUGCGCUGCUGCGGGGCAAGGACUCAUCGCGCUGCCUGCUCCUACUGGCCGCGGUGCUGAUGGUGGAGAGCUCACAGCUGGGCAGCUCGCGGGCCAAACUCAACUCCAUCAAGUCCUCUCUGGGCGGGGAGACGCCUGCCCAAGCAGCCAAUCGAUCUGCGGGCAUAUACCAAGGACUGGCUUUCGGCGGCAGUAAGAAGGGCAAAAACCUGGGGCAGGCCUACCCUUGCAGCAGUGAUAAGGAAUGUGAAGUCGGGCGGUAUUGCCACAGUCCUCACCAGGGAUCGUCAGCCUGCAUGGUGUGUAGGAGGAAAAAGAAGCGCUGCCAUAGAGAUGGCAUGUGUUGCCCUGGUACCCGUUGCAAUAAUGGCAUCUGCAUCCCAGUGACUGAGAGCAUCUUAACUGCGCACAUACCCGCUCUGGAUGGCACUCGACACCGAGAUAGAAACCAAGGUCACUACUCAAACCAUGACUUGGGAUGGCAGAAUCUCGGAAGACCACAUUCCAAGAUGUCACACAUCAAAGGGCAUGAGGGAGACCCCUGUCUGCGAUCUACAGACUGCAUCGAAGGGUUUUGCUGUGCCCGUCACUUCUGGACCAAGAUCUGCAAGCCAGUUCUCCAUCAGGGGGAAGUCUGUACCAAACAGCGCAAGAAGGGCUCGCAUGGCCUGGAGAUUUUCCAGCGGUGCGACUGUGCGAAGGGCCUCGCCUGCAAAGUGUGGAAAGACGCCACCUACGCUUCCAAAGCCAGGCUGCACGUGUGUCAGAAAAUCUGAUCCCCCGCGGGGGCGCAGCCAGCCGACUGUGGAUUUGUGUGUGGAAUGCAUGAUAGCAGGGUGCAAAAUAAGGGCCGGAACUCAUCAAAUGUGCAGGCUUAGGCCUGUGGGAAGAAGACAGGUUACAGAAAGAGAGAACCGAGUGAUUGAGAAUGGAUGACAAAUGCAGUGUGUUUCCAUUAUGCAACUUGUUGAUGUAAAUAAUGUACACAUUUGUGGAAAUGCUUUUUUUCCCCCAGCACACAGUGGGAUUCCUGAGGACAACCGUGUGACUUUCCAGUCACUUAGGUGGUGCUGAAAGAUAGAUUUCCUUCAGGCCGCUGAUUGCCUAUGAAAGUAACCUAAAAGCCAUAUUUCUAUUCAAAGUUAUAGUUUUAACAAAAUAUUUUUGCAGUAUACCUUGGAAUAUUAUAGGCUUUAAAGUGAGAAAAUACGUGGUGAACAUCAUAUAAAAGCAUAGAGCAGAGUUCAUUAGCAAUGAAGAAUCACAUUUUAAUUUAGAAUAUUAUUUCUACUGUGUUGAAAGGCCUUGAUAGGCAAGGGGGGGGCAUAGUGAGGAAAGACAGCAGUUUCUAUUCUCCAAUAUUCUCUGAAUAAUUUCAAAAUAAUGGCAAAUCUUACAUAUAUGUGUUUGUAUAUCUCUAUGUGAAGAUAUAGAUAUGAGCCCACAAAAACGUUUUUGCCUCAAAUGGUUUAUUUACAUUAAAAUCAUUUAAAUCUCUAAUUAAUAAAGCAUCACUGAUAUUGACUCAUAGAGACCCGAUUUGACUCAUGGAGACCCUAUAGGACAGAGUAGAACUGUCCCCAUGUGUUUCCAAGACUAGAAAUCUUUAUGGGAAUAGAAUGUUUCAUUUUACCCCUUGGGGUGGAUGCUGAGUCUGAACUGCUAACCUUGCCAUUAGCAGUCCAAUUGUAACCCACGACACUGUCAGGGCAUCUCAAAAUCAAUAAAAACUGGAAUAAUUAGACAAAGAUAGUCAACUUCAAAAAAAUCGAUGUUGCUUCUCUCUUGAUGGUAUGCAAUUCUUACCCUGAGUAUACUUUAGUUACCAAAGUAAACCCUUACUUGUGAACUGCAAUGCAUGAAUGGACACAGAAUUUUCACAGAUGGAUACAAAUUUCAAGAUCUCCAAAAUAUGAGUAGGAAAAAAGCUAAUAAAUUUGCUCUUGUUUGUUUUUUAAGCUUUGGUAUUCCCAACAUUUUGAUAUAACUAGACUGGCAAAUAUAUUUAAGCUUACAGAUUUAGCAGUAAAACUGAUAAAAAAGACUUGAGACAUAUCUGUCCUGCAAGAAAGUAGAACAAACAUUUUUCCUGGAAUCAGGUCUGACAGAAUGUUGAUUUUAGGUAGGAAACACAAUCAAAUUCUACAUCAUCCAGUUGGAAGUUUUCUAUGAGAUUUGCUGUCACAAUAUUUACAAUACAGGUUUAGCUCAAUAUGAGAUUGCUUGCCAGUUUUGUCUUCAAAAUAUUUAUUUUGCAUCUUUGCCAUACUGAAAUCAUCUGACCAUGAAGAGGCCUCAUGAAGUGGACUUCAUGGUUAACGUAGUGCAUACACAUUCUAUUGUGUGCCCGAAGCUUCUUGGCCUGCACCACUCUCUGAGCAACAGCCAUGUUAUUGCCAAAGAUACCAUUUCUAUCUUCCGCCUUCAUUGAGAUUCAAAAAUAGAAAUGAAAUAAUUUGUAACAUCUGCAUAUCAUUAAUCUAUAGAAACCACAGUGCCUUGAAACUAUUUUUAUUAUGAUUUUUUACAUUAUUCAGUUUUAAAUAUUUUGUCUAGCGCAUAAGUGACAACAAGGUUAUCUUGUAGUUGUUCUUUUCGACCCUAUGUUUAUUUGUUUAUUUUGAUAGACCAGAAUUCACUUGUUAAUUCUCUUCCUUAAUUUUAUCUGCUAUGCAAAGUUCCAGUUCUCAUAAUAGAAAUUGAAACUGAGUCUGAAUAUAUAUGAAGAAUUUCAGUUCCCCACACACAUUUACUAGGAUGAUUAAAAUUGUGUUUCCAACACAUGUCUACUUAAAAAAAAAAGAAAAAAGUAAGCUGAUCUUCCCCCAAGCUCAACUUUAUACAAACAGGUUUCUCUAAACUGAAGAGACACAAACACAGGCCAUUUCAAUCAAACAUUUCCUAUACUGCAAUGAUCUUUAUAAUCUUCUCUGCACUAUUUUCCUUAUGUUUGUUCACUCCUUCAAAAUUAUUAUUUGAAGUAAUUUAUUUACAGGAAAUGCUAAUGAGAUGUAUUUUCUUAUAGAGAUAUUUCUUACAGAAAGCUUUGUAGCAGAAUAUA